AGGAGCAAACAGCCCUUAGUUGAAGAGACGUGUUGAACUGUUUAGCAUCAACACCAUCACUGUACGUCUGCCUGUAGCUCCUACACCUCAACAGAAUGAAAUUAUCUCUUGUUUUAGCGACGGUAUUGGCAGUUGGCCUGGUCAUGGGUCCGGUGAAGGCACAUCGAGAUGGACAUGGAUACGGCCGGGGAGGUAGCAAGGGCCACCAUGAUAAGCAUGAGUAUAAGGACUGUAUAACUCCCUUGUGUCAAUCAGCCAACGCUGGGUUAAAUACUUGCCAAGAUUGUCUCUGGAAAUUUUCGUGCAUAUUAAAGCACAACUGCAUAACAGACGGGACAGACUGCAACACCAUGGAUUCCACCGCCGUUGGCACCAUGAGGAGCUGCUUAACAGAACUGGUUCCUUCGAUUGGUUCUUGUUUCGCCUGAGUAGAAGCCGACCGACACACGCAGACGGAAAUGAACAAACAGCUUUGUUGCCACCUCCCUCAGGUUUAUACAGUAGCGUUCUUUAGCAAGGUAAUGGAAUGGCAUUUGUUGGGUGCAACUGUGCCUUUUCAUAGUUCUGUCUGAACGAGAUGUGGUUUGUACAUCAUUAUGGUGUAAUAAAAUGCAUGGUCAGAUUGAAA